AUGGUCCUGGUACUGCAGCCACUAUUGUCCUCCGGUAGUCGGAUCGAGUCGCGUAGUCACAAGAGCAAUAAGGGCGACGAGGGCGACGAAAGCCACGAGGGCUACGAGGGUAAUGACGGUAACGAUAGCCACGACGGGCACGAUAGCAACGAGGGCCAUAAGGGCUGCGAGAGUAACGACGGCCACGACGGUAACGAGGGUAACAAGGGCGACGAGGGCGACGAGUGCGACGAAAGCCACGAGGGCUACGAGGGUAAUAACGGCAACGAGGGUAACGAGAGCAACGAGAGCAACGAGAGCAACGAGAGCAACGAGAGCAACGAGAGCAACGAGAGCAACGAGAGCAAUAAGUAA